CUCACUUUAACCAAUCACAGACAGAAACUGCUAAAGAAAAGCCAAUCAUGUGUAACAAAUGCGUGUGCUGCUAGUAAAAGUGUCCUCAAACAAAGCGUAGAAAAUUGUGAGUUAUAAAAACUGUCACUAAUUUAAAUCUAUAAUUAUGAACUCGUCGACAACUUCUUCUAUGCGGGUCUAUAAAGAUAUGCCCGUUUGGGUAGUCGAAGACCAUCAUGAUGUUUUACCUUACAUCUAUCGUGCAAUUGGAUCAAGAUAUUUACCCAUUCGUAACAUAGCAAUGGUUCAUUUAGAUUCCCACCCAGAUCUACUUAUUCCUGUUAACAUGCCUGCUGAUACUGUGUUUGACAAAGAGGAACUAUUUAGUGAGCUAAGUAUUGAGAACUGGAUCAUGCCUGUGGUAUAUGCUGGGCAUUUAUCAAAUGUGGUGUGGCUUCAUCCAUACUGGGCUCAACAGAUUGCAGAGGGUGAACACAAAAUCUUUGUGGGGAAAGACUCAUCCACCACAACCAUCAGGGUUACAAGUAAAGAUGAUUACUUUUUAAGUGAUGGACUUUAUGUACCAGAGGGUCACUUAGAAAAUAAGAAGCCUUUCCAAUUGGAUGUAAUCAAAGUAAACUCAGUGGAAAACCAGAGAAAGCAGGAGGAAAUAUCUGAGGAGUGUGCAGCUAAAAGGGUAAAAUUGCAGCAAGCUGGUGAUAUAGAAAACACUGGAGUUUCCUGUGAGAAAAAAGAAGAGACGGUAGGCUCCAGUAUUGCAAAUUGCAGGACAGAAACAGCAGGGGGCAGCAACUUCACAGAUAGCAGCCACUGCCCUGAUAGCUCCUCCAAGGCAAGCAAUGAGUCGUCUGCAGGCAGCGGUUCAGAAAAUGAAAGGAGCCAAACAACUGAUGCUGUGAAAAAGAUCCUCACAGUCAUACAGCAAACAGAUGCAUAUAUUCUUGACAUUGAUCUGGAUUUCUUUUCUUGCAAAAAUCCCUUCAAGGAAAUGUACACACAGGAGGAAUAUACUAUUCUGCAAGAGCUUUACAGUUUCAGAAAACCUAUUGAAGACCCAGACGAGGAGGCUUUGUUGGACUGUGUGGAGAACCGAGUACAUCAGCUGGAAGACCUGGAAGCAGCUUUUGCAGACUUUGUUGAAGAUGACAGUGAGGAAACCCUCCAGAGAUGGGCUGCUAACCCUGGGAUGAAGCCUCUUACUGAGCUGGUACACAGUCUUCGAAGCAGAAUGGACACCCCUGACUAUGAAAUGGUUCACCAAGCAGGUCUGACCUGUGAUUAUUCAGAACUACCACAUCACGUUAGUACAAAUGAAGAGAUUGAUGGAUUAAUACAGGCUAUAAAUGUCAUACUGAGGGAUUUGCCAAAACCAACACUGGUUACUGUUUCAAGGUCUAGUAUGGAUGACUAUUGCCCCACAGAACAAGUGAACUACAUUCAAAGCAGGGUUCUUUCAAUGCUCAAGUCAAUGUACGGCACUCUGGAUAUUCAUUUAGAAUAUUUAUCUGAACCUGAGUCAUCUAAAUCCUCAUCAUGAAAAACCGUACUGAUAUGCUAGUUGGUUUAAGCUUUGGUGCAAGUUCAGGGAUUUACUUUUCACUAACUAAAGGCAGUGUUGCCCAGUAACUGUUUUUGUAUCCUUUAAGCCAGUUUAUCUGGGUUGGAUUCCAGCGUAAUUAAUGACAAGAUCAAGUUUUCUGUUUUUAAACUCAAAGCUUGCGGGUGCGCAAAAGCCAGUGCAGCUUGGAGCGUACCACACUUGCAUGACUGAACUUGUUUGUGUGUAUUUUUUUCAGUCUUUACUAAUCAUUUAUGUAAAAGUUG